CGCGUGUCCUUUCCUCCGCGAUACGGGCUCACCCGAACCUCCGGGUAAAAUCUGAAAGAUGGAAAAAAAAACAACAAUUCAAUUAGAAGAUAGAAUAUGGUAGUUUCAGAUAUCAUUUUUAGAUACGUAGCAAAACUCGCAUAUAAUAUAUGUAUGUAUAUUACACAAUUUCAAAUAAUAAUACUGCUGCAGGAAUAUUAUAGUGACUAUAAUCAGUAUAGCCGCUUUUUUUGUUUUUGAUUGACUCGAACGAUCGUGUGUAUGUGCGGUUGCGGCAAGGGGGUGGCGGGGGCGGCGUGUGUAAAAUCCAGUGUCCGGGGUUGGCGGAGGCCGCGGGUGGAUUGAAAAGAACGAAAGUUUGGCGCCAGUUUGGUCAGCCCCCGCAAAUGUGGCUCUGUGUACGUUGAACAGGGGGUACACGGGCGGCCGUGCAGCUGCCCGUGGUGGGGGUGGAAGGGGCCGCAGGGGGGAGGCGAGCGUCAGGCUGCCGCUGAGUCCCCGGACGCUGUGCGCUCCCGGCGCCGCGGCGGGGCCCCAUGCCCAGGCCCAUCAGGCCCUCACCGGGCCACCGGCGGUGGGGGGCGACGACGGGCCCGGACCCGAGGAGGCGAUGGUCCACGUCGAGCGGCCCGCUCAGCCUGGCACGUGGGUCUGCUGCGUUCCCUGCUACUGGCUGCGCCGCAGCAAGGCCGUCCACAAGGCCCUGCUCACCCUCGCCAUGCUGCUCGUCACAAGUCUGCUCGUCACCAGCCCCGUGCUCUUCCUCAUCACGACUUUGCCCGAGGCGGAACAACCCAGGGAAUGCAGCCCGCAGGACGAGGUUUGCCUGAGGGAUCGGGAGGGUCAGGAGGGAGUCUGCGAGUCGAGCGCUUGCGAGGAGGCCUCCAAACGCAUGCUGGCAUCCGUGAAGAGGGGCGUCGAUCCCUGUCGUGAUUUUUACCAGUUUGCAUGCGGCGGGUUUAGCAGAAAUAAUCGGGACAACCGCCAGACCAUGGCCAGCUUCAACACCCUCCAGUCCCACGUCGACAACCAAAUCAAAGAUAUUUUGGCCAACACUACCGGCCGGAUGAACGGAGCUUUCUACAAAUUGGGAGAGUUUUACAAAAGCUGCGUCGACUUCAAGAAACGUCCGGCAAACUUCUCACCGAUGUAUCAACUCCUCGACGAACUCGGGGGUUACAUGCCACCCCGUAGAAUGGCACCCUCGGACAUCACCCCUCUGGUCGCAUCCCUCCUGAGGGUCAACGGGGCGCCCUUGUUCGAUGUUUACGUAGACGUUGAGCCCUACGAUCACACGAGACGCGCCGUCUUUCUCGACCUCCCGACGAAAUCCGAGGUGAACACCUUCUACGAACGGCAGAAAUGGCUGCAGGACAAUUUCUUACCGAGCGACGAGCUGAAAAUGCAGGGUAACAACGUCGUCGAGAGUAAAGCCUACACGUUUAUAAAGCAACGAUCUUUGCAGCUCAGAGUCGAGGAGCAGAGGCUACUUCAGAUGGAGAAGAUACUUCAGGGAUUUUUGCCAAAAAAUAUGGGCGCCAAGGAAAGGGAGAACGAAACGAACCAAAUUCUCCUGUUUUGUUCCAUGCUCAACAAGAUUUAUCCGCGACACAAGGACCUUUACAACUGGAUGGAUCAGCGGGGAUUCUUGGCGCACAAUCUCACCUCAUUGCAGGAGAAUUUCGGUUAUAUAAGGUGGGGGACGCUGUUCGGUGAAGUACUAGGCGCUGAUCGCAAUCACGAUCAAGAACUUCUCGGGCCUGAGGAUCAGGUGAUUUACGUCUACGUCACAGCGCCUCACUACUUCCGGAGUCUGGGGAAAUUGCUGAACCGUUUCUCCCGCAGGAUCAUCCACAACGGCCUGCUGCUUCUCUACGCCCGGGACACGCUUCACGACGUGGUUAACGUCAGCGCUAGCAAGAACUGGAACGCUUCGUGCAGCAAGUUGUCAACCGCGGUGUUCAGCUCGGCAGUCGGGGCGCUUUACGUGCAGCAAUACAGCCAACAGCAUCUAAACUCGGUAGCCGACAAGGUGACGCGGUUAUUCGAUCGCAUAAAAAGCACCCUCGCUGAACGGAUGUUGGUGAUGUCCUGGCUGGACGAGGAGACGCGAACACAGGCUCUUCUGAAGCUGCGUGCUUUGGAGGGAAAGUUUCACGUGUGGCCAGGAUUUCAGAACAACACGAGAAUCGCUAUGGAAAUGACGGAGGUAGUCGUCGACCCUCACGACUUCUUUUCAAACGUUGUGACAAGGUUCAGGCAGAUCAGAGCCGUCAAGGGAGACGCGCUUCGCGGCAACAUCACCUCUAAAUGGCCUCAUCCAUUCGUCGUCAAUGCCUACUACGAUUCGACUGUGAACGCGAUUGUAAUACCAACGGCGAUGUUGACUGCCUGGCCAUGGGACGUGGGUCCGAGUUACAUGUCCUACGCGACGCUGGGCGUCGUGAUUGGUCACGAGGUCUUGCACGCUUUCGACGUUCAUCAUCGCAGUCAUCACCCGGAAGAGUGGCUUUGGCUGACGACGGAGUCGCGGCGUCGUUUGGAGGCGCGAAUAGAAUGCGUCGCAAAGCUUUACGCCGGAAGUUUUUGGAAGAAAGUUCAAUUUCUCGGGAACAGCGUCGACGUCCAGUUGAGACGACGAUUACUCGAUCCGCGAUUUCAGUUCGACUGGAACGUCACCCGGAAUGAAAACAUGGCCGACAUUGGUGCCUUGCAAAUAUCCUACCAGGCCUGGCAGACCCUGACGAACGGCAAGGAUCGAACUCUUCCCGGUCUCCAGGCCCUCAGACCAAGCCAAUUGUUCUUCAUAGCCGCGGCACAGCCGUACUGCUCAAACGUCACAGCCGAGGAUUACAUAAUGUCCGUUGAAUUGGACGACCACACGCCUCAUCCUGAGAGAGUGAACGGCAUUGUGAUGAACUCUCAGGCGUUCGCGGAGGCGUUUCGAUGUCCCGCAGGAUCUAAAAUGAAUCCUCAACGAAAGUGCAGCACCUGGUGAUCUCCGGAGUUGGAUGACUACGGGUGCAGUCGUCGGCUGCAAGCUCAGCCCAACAGUAAGGCUGGAGCUUGCGGGUAUUUCGAAUACGUUCGGGACGAGAAGAGGGGAUGAAGCCAACGAAAUAGAAGUUUUAUAGAAGAGAAAACCGCACGUUACAGCUUUUGAAGAGAGAUACUUUCACGCAUCGAGAGAAGAAGAGAAAUAUUGAAAUGUCGAGGAGAUGUGAUGAAAUUUUUUUGUUAAAACCCCCCUUACUUUUCUCUCAUCGCCUCGGAGAAUUGGUGGUAUAAUUGACGUUAGAUGCAGUUUAGAACGCGGAGGCCUCGGCUGACGUAGGUGCAGAAAAGCUUUGGUAAAAAUAUACGAUAUUCUAUACUGUACCGUAGGGUAGAAUCACACGGUCGAAUUUUUGUUUCAAUUUUCAUUUAUCCUGGUUUACUUUUUUUUAUUUUAUGUCAUUUUUUUCCGAAGAAAAAUCGUAAACGACGAAUUGCGCUGUGCGCAUUAGUGCGCCCCGUGUUCAUCGAUAUACCUACACACACACUCACACACACACACACACAUAUUAUGUAUAAAACCACGAAAGCAAUUUAACGAAUGUGAUAUACGUCUGCAGCGCCAUGCUUGUUAGUGUUUUUCAAAGUUUAACGAUACAGACACAUAAGAUUACAUGUAAGAGUUUAUGACGACGACGACGAUAAUAUUAUACAUAUAUAAAUCCGUUAUACAUUAUAUUAAAUACCUAUAUAGGUAAAUGAUGAAUAUAAAAACGAAAUAAAUUACGAACUACAUACGAUACGAGUUGUCUAUUGUAUAAUGUAUAGAUAUGAAAACGUUAUACCCAAAAUAAGUUCUCCGUUAAGUUUCACCUUGUACGUAGCUUUAACGGCCGGUUUGUAGAUCCCGAAGGGUGUAUCUAGGUAGGUAUGUACGCUGUGGUAAUUUAUCAUAAUUAGCGAGUAUUGUACAGCUCCGGUUAGACGGCUGAAGAAUUCAGUAGAUCACUGUAUUUUCUUUUUUUACUUAGUUUUCUCUUUAAUUUUACUCAAGUCCAAAGUUGGCACAUAGGUAUUACAAUGAGGUUCGUAAAUUUUGUUUGACUUCGUUUAUCGUCGAUCGGUGAGAAGGGUUAUUGGCACGUAGAAGAUACAGAUAUAUUGUUUAGAAGAAUUCGUAGUACAAUAGCUGCCGAAGAAAAGGAUUGCAUAGAAUAAAGGCCUACGCAUAUUUUUAUUUUUCACGUCUUUGGGUUUUUUUUUUCUUUUUUUUUCUUACCAUUCUUAUUUUAUUCGUUUAUUAAAUUUCGUUGACGCAAGAAUCGCAAACUGUGAUAUUCUUAUGCAUACGCAAAUUAAUUAAUUAAUCGUUGUACUUACCUUAUAAUUAUAUACAAUAGUUCUAAGGAUGAUAUUAUAUAAAAUUGUUGCCUCGUCGAGUCCUGGGAGGUAACUAAAUUUGGCAACUAAUAAAAUAGGUAGAAAUAUCGAUUAAUUUAUUUACUAAUUUAAUAAUUAACACGGUAUUGUGCAGCAGCUGUUACUCAGUCACCGUAUGGAUUAUAUUAUUCGUUAUACAUAUUCGAACAUAGGCUAACACGAAUAAACAUUCAACUGUCAGCAUA